UGCUCCUGCAUUGCAAUCAGACGAAACGCUAGGACCCCGCGGACAACCUCUUUGGAUGACACAGAACAAACUGCGAGUUGAGUUUUGGCCACUCAAACAUGGAAAAGUUGAACUGACAGCGCAUAACUAACUCAGCACUCUGAAUUGGACGAUAGUAUACCUUGCUAAGUGAGUGAUGAUUGAUUUGGAUAUGUCAGCACCGCUGAGCGCUCAUCCACACACUCCAUCAUUCCUGGACUGGGGAAAGUAAGAAACCACCUGUUGUGAAUGCUUUCUGGAACUUACCACGGAUCUACGGCGGCUGCUAAAACAAGACAUUGGAAAGGCGCGCGCAGAACGCACAGAGACAUGUAAACCCGUUAAUGAUGUUGCCAUGGUGGCGCGGGUUAGGAUGAGGAGUCCUGUCUUGGCCACCGGUUGCUGUUGCGCUCAGAAUGGCUCGCGAGGACGCGGUGAGGUGCCUGCGCUGCCUGCUCUACGCUAUCAAUUUACUCUUCUGGCUCAUGUCGAUAUGUGUCCUGGGGGUGGCUGCCUGGCUCAGGGACUACCUGAACACUGUACUCACCUUGGCGGCCCACACCAGGCUGGAGGAAGCAGCAGUUCUCACCUAUUCUCCGGCUGUCCAUCCCAUCAUCAUUGCAGUGUGUUGUUUUCUUAUCAUCGUGGCCAUGGUGGGCUACUGCGGCACACUGAAAUGCAACCUUCUACUCCUGUCCUGGUACUUUGGCAGUCUGUUGGUGAUCUUCUGUGUAGAGUUGGCCAGUGGGGUGUGGACGUAUGAUGAGCCCUCAGUUCAGAGGUCAGAUAUGAUCAGUCUGAAGUCCAGGAUGCCCAACUAUGGCCUGCAGCGUUACCAGUGGCUAACACACACCUGGAACACCAUCCAGACUGAGUUUAAGUGCUGCGGGGUCAUCUACUUCACCGAUUGGCUGGAGAUGACAGAGAUGGAAUGGCCACCAGACUCUUGCUGCUCCAAUCAGUAUCCAGGAUGUGCUCGCCACGCCCACUACCGUGACCUCAGUGACCUUCACCAAGAGGGCUGCGGGCCGAAGAUCUACAGUUUCAUCCGGGGGACUAAGCAACUGCAGGUGCUGCGGUUCUUGGGUGUGUCUAUAGGAGUGGCCCAGAUUCUGGCCAUGACCCUGACCCUAACCCUGCUCUGGGCCCUCUACUAUGACCGCAAGCCCCCCGAGCCCACCCUGCCCGAACCCCCCACAGGAACCGACCCUGGACCUCUAACCAUCACCCACCCACCCCAAGGGGAGGCUCCUAAAUCGGGUAACACUCGCCCGGCUGAGGCCUGGUCCAAUACUGCGACCACAUCUAACGGACAUGGACACACCCAGUUUGAGAUGGAGACACUGCCCUAGCAAGGGGGGGGGGGGGGGGGGGAUAGUGGAAGUGGAAGAGGGAAAGAAUAAGGGGAUGAGAAGAAAGUGCGAGACUGGAUAGGGGGAGAGAGGGGGGAGAGAAAAACGAGGGUAGGAGACAUGAGAGAGAUUGGGCACAGUUGCAGGAGAGUGAAUACCCCCCAUACCCCCCCUCUCUUUCCCAUUGGACAACAUGACAAUGACAUACUGGACUCGUGGACUUUGCAGGACUAUUUUGUCACAGCUGGGAUUGGAAAUGGUCACAGAAA